AUGUGCAAGUCCUAUAAGACUACAGGUCGUUCUUGGCUUGAGUUAAAGACAAAAGACGUUUGUAAAUCUACUAAAAUAGAAAAUAAUUGUUUUGAUAUGAUGGUGGGCGAUCAACCAAUUGAUGCAAUUAAAUUCGGAGAGGAAACAACUGUAUUAAAAUCAAUGCCUCUUGUAGCAACAAAUGACUUAGAGGAUGGCAAAGUAAUUAAAGGAAUUGACAUAAUUGAGGAUGAUGAUAGCGAACAGUUUAUGAAAGUAGCUCAUAUAAUAACAUCAUCUCCUUCGUCUUAUAUCGAAGGCUCUGGUGAAAACCAAAGUACGACUAUGAGUGAUAUAAUUAAAGCAUUUCAGGAUCAUAAAGUGUAUGCGAAUUUGUUAGCUACAGAUGAAAUUAUUUCCGCUAACGAUUUGAAUACCACUGAUGAUCCUAUAGAAGGAUCUGGUGAAGGAUCUGGAUUUAUUAUUCCAGAAUAUGAAGAUAACACAGAACAUCUAAUCAAAACAACUACACCUAUUUAUAAAUAA